UUAAGAGCAAUGAUAAUGGCCGCUGAAAAAGAUAAAGCAAAACUGAGAGAGGAAGAGACUAAGAGACAACUCUUGAGAAGGAGAGAAGAACAACAAUCAAGGGAGUUGGCCAUAUUAACUGAGACAGAGAACCUGAUGGAGAGAGACAGAGAUAAAGAGGAAGACCGUCUGGCUGAAUUGAAAAGAGAAAAGACAUACAGAAUGCCAGGUGAGGAAGGUGAGGAGACAAAAGAAAUGGAGAGAGAGAGAAGGCAAGAAGAUUCAUUGGGACAUUUUGAAACCGAGAAGUCCAAAGACAAGGACCAACUGACUGAGGAGCAGAAAAGAAAGGAAAUGGAAGAGAAUGAAACAGAAAAACAAAAACAGCUUGAGAAGGAACUUGAGGCCAAGAUAGAAAGACAGAACGAAACAACAAAGACAACAAACACAGACAGCCAGAGCGCAAAGGAAGAAAUAGUCAGAAAUGAAGAAAGGACAAACAACGACCUUGAAGGGGUGACAAAGACAAAGGCAGAGAGACCCAAUGAGUUGAACCUCUCAGUGGACAUAGAGGCAGAGAGACUGUUGGAAGGAAAUGGGAAGAGGGAAGAGAUAGAGAGAGAAAGUGAGAGAGAGCAGAAGAAGCAGGAAGCAGAAGAAACAAAGGAUGAGGAGCUGGAGAUGGAGAGGAAUAAGGAAAGAAUGAGACUAGCGGAAGAGAGGAAGAAAGAACUGGACAUCAGGAGGCAAGAGAUGGACAGAAGGUUUCGAGAGAGGAUAAAGGAAUUAAACACCAAGUGGCAAGAAAUUGAGACGCAAAAGCAAGAACAGAAAGAGCUUGAAAUGGCGAGCAGAGGUGAGAAUGAAACACUGAAAGACACGCAAGCAAAAGAGACAGACAGCCAGAGACAGGGAGAAGAAACGGAAGAAGGAAAGAGGCCUGUCACAGAGUCUGUGAAAGUGGAGUCUGAAGCUAAAAAGAAAAUGGAGCUGGAGAAGAACGAUGCACCUGAGAGGCAAGAUGAAAUGAAAAAGAAACAGGAGGAAACACAGAGGAUGGCAGAAAAGAAAGGAAGUGAGGAAGAGAUGAAAAAGAAACAGGAGGAGAGACAAAGAAUGGCAGAAAAGAAAAGGAGUGAGGAAGAAAUGAAAAAGAGGGAGAAGAGUCAAAGAAUGGCAGAAAAGAAACAGAGUGAGGAAGACCUGAAGAAACAACAAUUGGAGGAGGUCAAACAGAAAAUCCGCAAGAAACAGAGAGAUGGAGAGAUGGAGAUAUGGAAGAAAGAGGCAGAAAGACAGAAAAACAACAAUGCCAAGCACCUCCAGAUGAAACCCAAAGAGAAACCAUUUGCGAAGUGCAAAGACUUCUCCAUCUUCUGUUCCCAGAAGUGACACCUGGUUAUUGAGUGUAUGGAUAUAU